AUGAGGACGGAGGCACCUGCGGUGCUGCGCUUCCAGCAGAAAGCCGCAGCAGCAACAGCAGCAGCAGCAGCAGCAGCAGCAGCAAAGCGAGUGCCCCAGCAGCAGGCGUGUCUGCAGCUUCCCCAGCAGCAUCUUCCUUCUCUUCGCUGUCCGCAGCAGCAGCAGCAACAGCAGCAACACCAACAGCAGCAACAACAGCAGCAACAAGAACAGCAGCAACACCAACAGCAGCACCAACAGCAGCACUAA